UCUGCAGCCAGCUUGCCACAACUCCCUGAGAUCUCCCAGGUGGCAGCUGCCUCCCCAAGACAGUUCAAGGAGCAUUCAUGGAGGGCAGCUCCCCACCAGGCUGGUGAAAGGCUCCAUGGAGAUCCGGGUGGCCUCUGACCUGGUGAGGAGGAGCCUCAAAACUAGGGAGGAGAGGCCAGGCGCGGUGGCUCACGCCUAUAAUCCCAGCCCUUUGGGAGGUCGAGGCAGGCACAUCACCUGAGGCUCACUCACCAUGACCAAGCUGAGCGCCCAAGUCAAAAGCUCUCUCAACAUCACUACCCCAGGGCUGCAGAUAUGGAGGAUUGAGGCCAUGCAGAUGGUACCUGUUCCUUCCAGCACCUUUGGGAGCUUCUUCGAUGGUGACUGCUACAUCAUCUUGGCUAUCCACAAGACGGCCAGCAACCUGUCCUAUGACAUCCACUACUGGAUUGGCCAGAACUCCUCCCAGGAUGAGCAGGGGGCAGCUGCCAUCUACACCACACAGAUGGACGACUUCCUGAAGGGCCGGGCCGUGCAGCACCGCGAGGUCCAGGGCAAUGAGAGCGAGGCCUUCCGAGGCUACUUCAAGCAAGGCAUUGUGAUCCAGAAAGGGGGCGUGGCUUCUGGCAUGAAGCAUGUGGAGACCAACUCCUUUGAUGUCCAGAGGCUGCUGCAUGUCAAGGGCAAGAGGAACGUGGUAGCUGGAGAGGUAGAGAUGUCCUGGAAGAGUUUCAACCGGGGGGAUGUUUUCCUCCUGGACCUCGGGAAGCUAAUCAUCCAGUGGAACGGACCUGAAAGUAACCGCAUGGAGAGACUCAGGGGCAUGACUCUGGCCAAGGAGAUCCGAGACCAGGAGCGAGGAGGGCGCACCUACAUAGGUGUGGUGGAUGGAGAGAAUGAAUCGGCAUCUCCGCAGCUGAUGGAGGUGAUGAACUACGUGCUGGGCAAGCGCCGUGAGCUGAAGGCAGCUGUGCCCGACACGGUGGUGGAGCCGGCGCUCAAGGCCGCACUCAAGCUGUACCAUGUGUCUGACUCCGAGGGGAAUCUGGUGAUGAGGGAAAUCGCCACGCGGCCGCUGACGCAAAACCUGCUCAGUCACGAGGACUGUUACAUCCUGGACCAGGGGGGCCUGAAGAUUUACGUGUGGAAGGGGAAGAAUGCCAAUGAGCGGGAGAAGAAGGGAGCCGUGAACUAUGCACUGAACUUCAUCAAAGCCAAGCAGUACCCGCCAAGCACACAGGUGGAGGUGCAGAAUGACGGGGCAGAGUCGGCCGUCUUUCAGCAACUCUUCCAGAAGUGGACCGUGCCCAACCGGACCUCAGGCCUGGGCAAAACCCACACUGUGGGCUCCGUGGCCAAGGUGGAGCAGGUGAAGUUCGAUGCCUCGUCCAUGCAUGUCCAGCCUCAGGUGGCUGCCCAGCAGAAGAUGGUGGAUGAUGGGAGUGGGGACGUGCAGGUGUGGCGCAUUGAGGACCUAGAGCUGGCACCUGUGGAUUCCAAGUGGCUAGGCCACUUCUAUGGGGGCGACUGCUACCUGCUGCUCUACACCUACCUCAUCGGCGAGAAGCAGCACUACCUACUCUACAUCUGGCAGGGCAGCCAGGCCAGCCAAGAUGAAAUUGCUGCAUCAGCUUAUCAAGCUGUCAUCCUCGACCAGAAGUACAAUGGUGAACCAGUCCAGAUCCGGGUCCCAAUGGGCAAGGAGCCGCCUCAUCUUAUGUCCAUCUUCAAGGGACGCAUGGUUGUCUACCAGGGAGGCACCUCCCGAGGUAACAACUUGGAGCCUGGGCCCUCCACACGGCUGUUCCAGGUCCAGGGAACCAGAGCCAGCAACACCAAGGCCUUUGAGGUCCCAGCGCGGGCCAGUUCCCUCAAUUCCAAUGAUGUCUUUGUCCUCAAGACCCAGUCUUGCUGCUACCUAUGGUGUGGGAAGGGCUGUAGUGGGGACGAGCGGGAGAUGGCCAAGAUGGUUGCUGACACCAUCUCCCGGACAGAGAAGCAAGUGGUGGUGGAAGGGCAGGAGCCAGCCAACUUCUGGAUGGCCCUGGGCGGGAAGGCUCCCUAUGCCAACACCAAGAGACUACAGGAAGAAAACCUGGUCAUUACCCCCCGGCUCUUUGAAUGUUCCAACCAGACUGGGCGCUUCCUGGCCAUAGAGAUCCCCGACUUCAGUCAGGACGACUUGGAAGAGGAUGAUGUGUUCCUACUAGAUGUCUGGGACCAGGUCUUCUUCUGGAUUGGGAAACAUGCCAACGAGGAGGAGAAGAAGGCUGCAGCAGCCACGGUGCAGGAAUACCUCAAGACCCAUCCCAGCGGGCGUGACCCCGAAACCCCCAUCAUUGUGGUGAAGCAGGGACAUGAGCCCCCCACCUUCACAGGCUGGUUCCUGGCUUGGGAUCCCUUCAAGUGGAGUAACACAAAAUCCUAUGAGGACCUGAAGGAGGAGCUUGGCAACUCUAGAGACUGGAGCCAGAUCACUGCUGAGAUCACAAGCCCCAAAGUGGAUGUGUUCAAUGCUAACACCAACCUCAGUUCUGGGCCUCUGCCCAUCUUCCCCCUGGAGAAGCUAGUGAACAAGCCUGUAGAGGAGCUCCCCGAGGGUGUGGACCCCAGCAGGAAGGAGGAACACCUGUCCAUUGAAGAUUUCACUCAGGCUUUCGGGAUGACUCCAACUGCCUUCUCUGCUCUGCCUCGAUGGAAGCAACAAAACCUCAAGAAAGAAAAAGGACUAUUCUAAGAGUGGCUGUGGUUGUAAAGCAGCACCCUACUGUAAUUGUGGGGUUUUAUCACUGGUAUUAGUCCUACACCAAUUGAAGUGAAAUUUUACAGUUGUGCCUACGAGCACAAACUUCUCUGGGCAAAUGCCACUUUUGUAGUAAUUUACCUAUUCCUUCAGAAAGAUGAUAUCCCAAAAGGA